AUGACACUGGAAACAGCCUUCGGGUUCUCCAUGGCGAGCAGAGGCAGCUUCACCAGCUCCGAGUUCUCCGAGGAGGAACUGGAUGGGAGUCUUCAAGGGUCAGAGGAGCUGGACAGCAGUGACGGCAGCAGUUCGACAAAUUGUUACCCCAACAGCGCCCUAGGCAAGCCAGAGGAGAGCCAGAGCAAGAAACGCAAUAGGCCGGUGCGCUCCAAAGCACGCAGAGUGGCGGCCAACGUGAGAGAGAGGAAACGCAUCAUGGAUUAUAACCAGGCCUUCAACGCGCUCCGGGUGGCUCUGCAUCACAAUCUGAGUGGAAAGCGGCUGUCAAAGAUUGCCACGCUCCAGAGGGCCAUCAAUCGGAUCUCGGCUUUGUCAGUCUUCCUCACUAAUAACCCACCAGCAAGUGUGGGGAAGUCUUGCAGCCACCUUGAGUGUCACGGGCAGCUGGGUGGCUUGUGGCAGGAGCCGUCGCCUCCUGUCCGCCUUGAAUCCCAGAACUUCCUAUCCUGGCACCAGCCGCUCAGCCACCAUAUACAAAAUCCAUUGCACAGACUGUCCUCAGAGCAACACGUUUUCACAAGCCCUGCUUGUCCACCCUCCCCUCACUACCCGUGUUUCUCUCCUGAUGCCCAGCUUUACCCUCCUUGUGAUAUGGCAAGCUCAUCCAGGUAUGGACGGAUAGGUGAUGUUGGGGCAUAUCAGCCAGGAGUUUGGGGCUCUUGUGGCUCAAAUCAUAUAGACAAUUACGGGGAACCACUGCAGACACUUCCUCUGUCCUGGCAUAUGGGGUACCUGCAGGACGCUGGGCCUCAGCACUGCCACAACACACUGUGA